GGGGGGGGGGGGGGGGGGGGGGGGGGGGUCCAAAUUUCUACCCCUAAACACUUCAACACUCCUUCCAGAUCGUGUUUCACAAAAAUACAUUGAAUAUGGUUACUCUUUCCAAUCUUUCAUCUACAUUAAAAGUGCUAUUAACAUUAUUCUUCUAUUUUUUCGUUUCACAGCGAAUACGUGUGGUGGUUUUGUGCGUAAGGAUGCCUGGGACAUACCUGGAAGUGACAUAUUAUCUUCUCCUGUAAAACAACCUGAUUAUGCUAGCUGUUGCUCAACAUGUCAAGCAACUUAUGCAUGUAUUGCUUUUACAUAUUCACCCUCAAGUCAACAAUGCUGGCCAAAAACAAGUAUGGGCAAUGGUGGAAACUCAACUGGCGAUACUAUCAGUGGAUAUAAUCCCAACAGUUGUUAUCGUUUCGUACGUCAAGACGGGUGGGACAUACCUGAUAAUGACAUAUUACCUUCUCCUGUACAACAACAUGAUUAUGCUAGCUGUUGUUCACAAUGUCGAGCAACUUUUGGAUGCAUUGCUUUUACAUAUUCUCCAUCAAGUCAACGAUGCUCACUGAAAAAAAGUAUGGUUGGUGGUAGAAACUCAACUGGCGAUACCAUUGCUGGUUACUCUGGUAAGUGA